GGCACCUGGAACGCUGAAGUCGGCGGAAAUCCUCCUUCCAGAGCUGAGCAGCCUGGAAGCAAUUGAAGACAAUUCUAGGCUGCUGGUGCUUUCUAUUGCUGAUGAGUUUGCGGUCCGUGAUGAUCCGGACAGUGUCCCGCCUUUGGAGCGGGGCCCGAGGAAUACACCGGCCUGUCUGGUGCCAUCCUGGUGGGCUGUUGGAGAUAACUUAUCCACAUAGUCACAACUGUCAGCCCACCCGUCCAUCAUCCACCAUGAACAACAUGGACUCCAAGAUGCUGAGAUCGAACCGCUUGAGGCAGGUCUUUGCUGAAGCCAAACGCCCCGCGAUGGGGUUCUGGCAGAUGCUGCCUGGAGCGAAUAUCUCGAGAAUCCUGGCUAGGGCGGGAGCGGAUUGGGUCAUGGUCGACUGUGAGCAUGGCAAUAUGGAUGAUGCUGCAAUGCACGAGGCAGUGCCUGCCAUUGCUGCGCUUGGCGUGUCCCCGAUUGUUCGCCUACCGGAUCUUCAGCCGUGGAUGGUGAAACGAGCUCUGGAUACCGGGGCACACGGGAUCCUGAUCCCACUCAUCCGGACCGUCGAGGAAGUCAAGAGUGUAGUGGCCGCGGCCAAGUUUCCACCCGAGGGACGAAGGGGGUUCGGCUCGCCGUUCGCAAUGCACAACUUCGAACCCGGAUUGACCUCCACGGAGUACCUGCAACAGGCGAAUGAAAGCCUCCUAACAAUGGUGCAGAUUGAGACCCGGGAGGCGUUGGAAUCCGUGGAAGACAUCGCACCGCUUGUCGACGUCGUGUUUAUCGGGCCCUUCGACCUCGGCAACAACAUUGGCCACCCUAUACUCGAUGGCAAGAUGGACCCCGAGCUCCAUCAUGCCAUCGAGCGAAUCCUGGCAGCUGCCGUGGGGGCUGGCAAGAAGUGCGGUAUAUACUGCACAUCCGGCGAGCAGGCGAAGUUCUAUGCGGACAAGGGAUUCCACAUGCUCAGCGUCGCAACCGAUUUCACAGCCCUGGGCGACGCGAUGGCAGACGCGCUGGCCACUGCCCGGGGAGAAUCCAAGAGGGAGAAGGGCGGUUCGUAUUAGGGCAAACGAAAUCCGUAGCAGUAUUAGCCUGGUCACUUCUCAACUGAGUCCAUCUUCGCCAUGACUUCAUCGACGGUGAAGCGGUGCAUCAAUCUCGUGGCCUUGGAAGACAGCUUUGGGUCUUCAUCGGGUGACUGGGUCUUGCUGAUAUGGAUCUAGUCAAAGUUGAGUUACGGCACGUGCAGAAAAUACCUAGUACUAGUGUGGUACUCGGGUUCUGAUUUUGCAGGAUACUUACAACAGGGACAUCAAAGUCAUAAA